CAAAACAUUUGAAGGUGGGUAUUGUGGUAUAUGUCUAUAAUUCCAGCACUCAAGUGGAUGAGGCAGGAUGAUUGAGAGUCUGAGGCCAACCUGGGAUACACAGUGAGUUCAAGGCUGGCCUGAGCUACGUGGCAAGAUCUUAUCGCAAACAACAACAACACCCCCCCCACACCAAACCCCCACAAAAGCAACAAUACUCAAAGAAAGGCAGGUACAUCUCUGUGAGUUUGAGGCCAGACUGGUCUACAAAGUGAGUGCUAGGCUAGUCAGGGAUAUAGAGUGAGCCUUUGUCUCACAAAAGAAGAAAAAGAGGGAGAGGAAGACAACGAUGAGAGUUCAAGCUGACCUUCAGGUUGAUAUGUCAGACCUCUCUCCAGAGGAGCAAUGGAGGGUCGAGCAUGCACGUAUGCAUGCCAAACAUCGUGGCCACGAAGCCAUGCAUGCCGAAAUGGUCCUUAUCCUCAUUGCUACCUUGGUGGUGGCCCAGCUGCUCCUGGUACAGUGGAAACAGAGGCACCCCCGUUCUUACAACAUGGUGACCCUCUUUCAGAUGUGGGUUGUUCCCCUCUAUUUCACAGUGAAGCUGCAUUGGUGGAGGUUCUUGGUGAUCUGGAUCUUCUUCUCUGCUGUCACAGCCUUUGUCACCUUCCGAGCCACACGGAAACCUCUAGUACAGACAACACCAAGGUUGGUUUAUAAAUGGUUCCUCCUAAUCUAUAAAAUCAGCUAUGCCACUGGCAUUGUUGGCUACAUGGCUGUCAUGUUUACCCUCUUUGGUCUUAACUUAUUAUUCAAGAUUAAACCAGAAGAUGCGAUGGACUUUGGCAUUUCUCUUCUCUUCUAUGGUCUCUACUAUGGAGUUCUUGAGCGGGACUUUGCAGAAAUGUGUGCAGACUAUAUGGCUUCUACCAUAGGGUUCUACAGUGAGUCGGGCAUGCCUACCAAGCACCUUUCAGACAGCGUGUGUGCUGUGUGUGGGCAGCAGAUCUUUGUGGAUGUCAACGAAGAGGGCAUCAUCGAGAACACAUACAGGCUUUCCUGUAAUCACGUAUUCCAUGAGUUCUGUAUCCGAGGCUGGUGCAUCGUGGGAAAGAAGCAGACGUGUCCCUACUGCAAGGAGAAGGUGGACCUGAAGAGGAUGUUCAGCAAUCCCUGGGAGAGGCCUCAUGUCAUGUAUGGACAGCUGCUGGACUGGCUUCGAUACUUGGUAGCCUGGCAGCCUGUCAUCAUUGGCCUGGUACAAGGCAUCAGCUACAUCCUGGGCCUGGAAUAAUCAGGAACCACAUCGUUGGAGAACCCACCCCACCCACCAUGGACCUCAGGGCACUCUCCUUGCUGCCCACAAAGACUUGGGUGGGAAAGACUCAAAGGCACUUGGGCCACUCAGGACCUCCCCGGCUGUGUCUGGGUUGCAGGGGGGGAAAUGAUGGAGAACCAGCCAGUGGGGCUGUCAGCAGUGGGGGCUUUUUAAAAGAAAAUUAUUUUGAUGAA